UCUGAAUCAGCCAAUAGUGACGCACCUUCUUCGGCGCCAGUUAAAAAUCGUCAUACACGUUUCUAUGCAAAUCCCCCUCUAUAAACAACGCACCCAAAAGAUUAAAGCAAUCAUCUCAAGCCUUUGACUCCGUUCAAUCUCGGUAAUUGGCAUUGUGGAUCGUAUUUUACAUCGCCGAUGUCUAGAAGCUUUAAUUACACACGAAAAGGAUUUCCCUUGAAAUCCUUCAAAAAAGAAUUCGAUUAUGCCAAGAAUGAAAGUGACGCUCAGAUUUCCGGUGUUAAGAAUGACAUAGAACAACCACUAGAUGCUGAAAGCGCUCUAAAUGAAUCAAAUGAACACCGAUAUUUGAGAGCAAAAGCUAACGAAAUAACUGAUCGGCGGUACGGCUUCGAAGCAUUUGUUGGUCCUGGCGAGCGCAUCGGUUGGCUCGUAAACAUGCAUCCCACUGACUUACUAGAUGACUCGAAAAGACUUGUUAGUGGUAUCGACCUAUAUUUUCUUCAAACAGAUGGGAACCGUUUCAAAGUCUCGAGACCUUAUCUCCCAUAUUUCUAUGUGCUGGUUCGUGGAGGUCAAGCUGCAGAACGUGACGCCAACUCGUACUUAUUGAAACGUUUCUCCGGUCGUCUUGCUGGAAUUGAAAUUGUUUCCAAGAACGAUUUAGAUUUGCCUAAUCACCUUGUUGGGGCCAAAGCUACUUAUCUUAAGAUGUUGUUUUAUAGUGUGGAUGAGUUGGUUAGAGUUCGCAAGGAGCUAGGAGUUCGGAUCCGGGCAAAUCGUGAGCUGGCCUCUUCGGGGUCUUCUUAUACGGAUAUAUUAGCUGAACACUUCAGAAAUGAUGACUAUGGAAUUGUAACUAACCAGUUAAGCGUGAAGCAGAACCGUAGUGAUCCUCUUGAUAAUUUGUUUGAUCUAAGAGAGUCAGAUGUUCCCUAUUUAACCCGUGUAUGCAUUGACCUGAAUAUAUUUGCCGGUUGCUGGUAUGUCACAACAUGUAAGCCUGGAUGCCCUCCUGAAUUUAAACAUCAUGAAGAUACUGUGGCUUGGCCUGAACCUGUAGUAUUGGCAUUCGAUAUUGAGACUACCAAAAUGCCCUUAAAGUUCCCUGAUCCUGCAAACGAUCAAACAAUUUCGUUGUACACACUUCCAUCAGCAUCCGAAAACUUUAAGCGAUGAAUGCAGAAAAUGUGUUACAGCCGUUAUUUUCCAACUAACGACUAACUCCAAAUCUUUGUACGGUGACCUUUAUGUUUUGUGAUACAUGAUAUAAUUGACCAUCCAGUUAAUAUACGCAGACAUUUUAAAAAAUCCCAAGUGGCCUCUUCGUUAUCAGUUUGGAUAAUGUCAAAAUUUGUUGGCUAUGGGUGAGUUUCACAAAAACGAAAGAGCGAAACGCUCUAAUUAUUAAAUUUCAGAUGAUACCUCGGAAGCUUCAUCCAUUUUAAGGUUUAUAACUUGGUUAAUACAACUAAUAGCUCUUAUCUUUCAUGGUCAAUUAUCGGCGUAUAUAUGUUCUUCUAUGUGUUAACGGGGAAUUUAUCUAAGGUGACAAAGAUUUCUGUAAGUUGAUUUAUCAAGCUGAUUUAGGUACUCAGUAGUUUUUCAACAUUAGAUAGUUCUACUUAGCCUUAGCAUACUUCUAAUUUGUUUCCAUUUUAGAUAAUUAUGAUCUCAUAUAUGUUAGAUGGAGCUGGACAUCUUAUAUGCAACAGGGAAAUCCUUUCAGAAGAUAUAGAGGAUUUUGACUACACACCAAGACCAGAGUUCCCAGGUCAUUUCGCUGUACAUAAUUUAAAAACAGAAUUAGAUUGCAUUACCUUUUUCUUUGAACAUAUUCAGAGAGUUCGACCAAACAUAUUGGUUACCUAUAACGGUGAUCAUUUUGACUGGCCAUUUAUCGAAGUUCGAGCUGCUAGCUACGGGCUCUCCAUGUCCGAAGAAAUUGGGUUCUCUCGUCAGAAAGGUACUGUGGGCCCCGGAAGAGAUGGAAGUUCUGGCGAGUACCUAUCACGACCAGCAGUUCACAUUGACUGCUUAUGUUGGGUUAAGCGUGAUAGUUAUCUUCCCGUUGGAGCUCGUGGUCUUAAAGCUGUCGCCAAAGCUAAACUACGAUAUGACCCAAUCGAAGUAGAUCCAGAAUUAAUGUGUCGUAUGGCUCACGAAUCACCUAGAGAGUUGGCAAAUUACUCAGUGUCUGAUGCAGUUGCCACCUACUAUUUGUAUAUGAAGUAUGUUCAUCCAUUUGUAUUCGCAUUAUGUACAAUCCUUCCAUUAAACCCUGAUGAUGUUCUUCGUAAAGGCUCUGGUACACUAUGCGAGGCUCUUUUGAUGGUUCAAGCUUAUGCAGCGAAUGUUAUCUUUCCCCACAAACAGACAGAUGGUGAAUCUGGACCUAACAAUUUGUUGUUGAGUGACUCUGGAAUUUCAGGAAAGUUUACGGAGGACGGACAUCUUAUCGAUUCCCAAACUUAUGUUGGUGGGCAUGUGGAAGCCUUAGAAGCGGGUGUUUUUCGUGCCGAUAUACCCGUUAGAUUUCGUCUAGUUCCUGCAGCCUUGGAAUCAUUAAGAGCUGAUGUCAAACGUUGUAUUAGUCGGGCUCUACAGGCGGAGAUAGGUGCAGAAGACGAAGAUGCAUUGUUUAGUGUUAUAGCGAAGGAUAAUUUUAACAAGAUUUGUGGACAAGUUGAGAACACCUUACAGCAAUUGGCCUCCACACCUAACCGAAUUGAAUGUCCUGUUAUUUAUCACUUGGAUGUUGGUGCAAUGUACCCAAACAUUAUUCUUACUAAUCGACUUCAACCAUCAGCUGUCGAUUCUGGUUCUGCUGCUAAGUGUGCUAACUGUGAAUUUUACAAACCGGGAAUAUCCUGUCAACGUUUCAUGCCGUGGACAUGGCGUGCAGAGCUCUGGACAGCCUCCAGACCGGAAGUUUACCGAAUCCAUGCUCAACUUUCCCAAGAACGCUUUCCCAUUAAGUUGACUGACGCUAAUGAAAAGUUCCCCAAGACUGUAAUGAAGUCAUUUCACGAAUUGUCAAGGGAAGAACAAGCUGCAGUGGAGAAAAAGCGUAUCACGGAUUAUUGCCGUCGAGCUUAUAAACGUAUUCACUUAACUAGAACUGAAGAACGAAUUGCUAUGGUCUGUCAACGAGAAAAUUCUUUUUAUGUUGAUACAGUAAAGGCAUUCCGUGACCGUCGAUAUAAAUUCAAAGGUUUGACAAAGACAUGGAAGCGUCAUUACGAUGAUGCAUGUGCAGCUCUGUCCGCUGGGACAGGUGAUUCAAAUGCUGUAAAAGAGGCUAAUGCGAUGCUUGUACUAUAUGAUAGCCUUCAACUAGCACAUAAAUGUAUUCUGAACUCUUUUUAUGGCUAUGUAAUGCGACGUGGUGCUCGUUGGUAUUCGAUGGAAAUGGCCGGCAUUGUCUGCCAUACUGGUGCUAAUAUCAUAACUAAAUCAAGAGAAAUAGUGGAACAAAUCGGCCGUGCUUUAGAACUGGAUACUGAUGGAAUAUGGUGUAUUCUACCUGCAAGUUUUCCGCAAAAUAUUGAAUUUACUGCUGUCGCUUCAAAGCCAUCUCGUAUUUCAAUUUCAUAUCCUGGAGCUCUGUUGAACAUCAUGGUGCAAGAUUUUUUCACCAAUCAUCAGUAUCAUGAAUUAGUUGACCAAGAGACUCUUACUUACAAAAUUCGUUCUGAAAACUCCAUAUAUUUUGAAGUUGACGGUCCAUAUAAAGCUAUGGUUUUGCCUGCGGCGAAGGAAGAAGGAAAACGUCUAAAAAAACGUUACGCUGUUUUCAAUUUCGAUGGGAGUUUAGCAGAAUUGAAAGGAUUCGAGAUUAAACGGAACGGUGAACUACAGCUGAUUAAAAUAUUUCAGUCAUCUGUGUUUGAGGCGUUUCUUCGUGGGGAUAGUUUAGUUGAAGCUUAUUCAUCAGUAGCUAGUGUUGCUGAUCAUUGGUUGGAUGUACUUUACUCUAAAGGAGCUGAUAUGCCAGAUUCUGAAUUGUUCGAUUUGAUUUCGGAAAAUCGAAGCAUGUCCAGAAAAUUGGAAGAUUAUGGAAGUCAGAAAUCGACAUCUCUAAGUACUGCUAGACGAAUGGCUGAAUUUUUAGGAGACCAAAUUGUUAAAGAUGCCGGUUUAUCUUGUCGUUAUAUCAUUGCACGACAGCCCGAUGGUGCUCCAGUAACUGAACGAGCUAUCCCUUUAGCUAUAUUUCAGGCAGAAGGAUCAAUAAAACGUCAUUAUCUUCAAAAGUGGCUCAAAGAUUCGAAUCUUGAUGAGCAUACUGAUAUACGUGAAAUACUUGAUUGGUCCUAUUAUAUUGAACGCUUGUCGAGUGCUAUCCAAAAAAUUAUCACAAUCCCAGCGGCUUUACAGCAGGUUUCUAAUCCAGUACCUAGAGUUAAUCAUCCUGAUUGGUUACUUCGUAAAUUAGCUGAAAAAAUGGAUACAUGUAAACAACGGAAGCUAACAGAAGUGUUUGUUUUAAAAAAUCCAGUGACAAAUAAACUUCAAGAACAAACUACUGACUUACCAGAUCUAGAAACACUAUGUUCAAGAAAUGACGAGAAAGUUAAGUCCACUACACCCAUCGUCACUCGCCAUUUCCCUGUAAAACGAUUUCGAUCACCUAACGGUCCUUUCAAAUCAUGGAGAGAACAGUUAGGUGAACCUCCAAACUUGGAUGAUGCUAAUACUUCGAAAAAAUUGACUGAAUGGCUAGCGUUUCAUCAAGCUAAGUGGCAUUUCCAAUUAGAACAGCGUCAAUAUUUCACUAAAUCUAUGGGUAAUGCGAAAAUAAAUGGCGAUUCCGACCAUGGUUAUUCAUUCUUACCAUCUGCUAAAAGACAGCGUGGUUUGGCCAGAUAUUUGAACCAAACUCGAGUAAAUCUAUUCACAGCCGUAUGGCAGGUUAUUGAGAUUGUUCCAGAUCCUGGGCAAAUUGGCCACUAUACACUAUGGGUUUUGAUUAAUUCACCUGAAUCUGGGUUAGUUCCUUCGCUAAAUGCUGUAGAUAUAACAGUAUCCAGAAAUUUCUAUGUCAAUAUGCGUACACCAAAACCCAAGGACUCUGGCCCACUCUUCCGUAAAGUGUCUGGCAAUGUAUCGAUAGGUAAUGAAACCAGAAGUGCAAGUGGUCUUAUUCUUCCUAGAAAUCACACAGUUUAUCAUCUGUACGAGUACAACGUUCCAGAAAGUGUUUACACUGAACACGCUUCAGAAAUUGCUACGGAUUUAGCAAGGCCAGAUGUUGAAGGUGUGUAUGAACUUGGUGUUCCAAGUUUAUUUCGUAUUCUAAUGAAAGUAGGAUGUUUGUGUACAGUUGACCGGGAAGCUUUUAGGAAUAACCAACAUGGAUCAGUUUCGGACGAAGGCAGUUUUAAUCUGGACCAGCUAUGUUUCUGUUCUUUGGCUCAACAUCCAUAUUUAUCUGGUCGCAGCCUGAGGCACUUAUUCUUAUUUCACUAUCAGUUGCCUUCAGUAGGACAGGCCAUGACAAAAAAAGAUUCACAAAGACAACUUUACCUUUUGAUUGUACCAUGGACUAGAUGUGGUUAUGUUUGUGUAAUUGAUAGUGCAAGAAUUAAUCAGCUACCGGAUUUAAAUGUAUUAUAUUUGAGACAACGUGCCAAGUGUUUUCCUCAUUUUGAAAACGGAGAAUUCCCUCCGGAUACUUUAAAUUUUGAAGUGCGCAUUGAAUCAGAUGCAGUUAUUGGUCGUCGUAUAGUCCAACGUUGGAUUACUAGUUUGUGUAAAAGUAUGGGUGCACGAGAGCAGAAUUCCAAGGAAGAAAACAUAACUAGCUCUCAGUCAGCUGCACCAAUUGUUAUUUUGCUCCAUUCUUCUCUAUCUGCUACACAACAAGAUAUCUCAAGCGGUCCAAAUGAAGUGAAUUGGCCACUAAAUGAUGAGAUAAUUGGGCGUCGUCGUAGCCCUCAAUUGCCUGUUUUGUCUGGAUUUCCUGUAAUUCAGCUUGGUGGUACUAUGGAUGAGGGUGAAUCCCAAAUAGGCGAUCUAGAGUAUAGCACGGACGCGUAUAGUCUUUUGAAUUGGCAACAAACAGCUGUAAAACGGGGUAUUCGUUAUUUUUUACAGUCGGAAGCACGUCUCGAACGUCAAUUGGAGUUGGCGCGUUAUUUACACAUUCCUGUUGGGAAUAUACCAGUUUCUGAAGCUCCUUUACCCGUUUUAUUGACUGCUCCAAGUCAAGAUAUUCAACCUCCUGCCAGCUCUAUAAAUGCUAUUGAACUUGGUUGUGAUCUGUUUUACGCUAGACAUUUGGUUAAGCAUAAUCAUGUCCUUUGGUGUUCGUCCUCUGGUCGUCCAGAUUUGGGUGGGAAAGAAACAGACGAUCAACGUCUUUUACUUGAAAUGGAAGAAUCUGGAGUAGUUGAAAUCAAUCGACCUGGUCUUUAUCCAUAUGUUAAUGUUGAAUUGGAAUUCACUAAUUUGGCUGUAAAUACUUUGAUAAUAGCGAAUCGUAUUCCAGAACUGGAAGGUGCUACACUAUUGUCGUUCGACCGUUUAUCUGCUUCAGAUAGAACUCUUGAAGAGCAGUUAAAUCAAGGUGUUAAUUUAGGUACACAUAUUACAAGCUACGAUGAAACAGCUGCGUGUAGUGCUGCCUUUCGCAUUCUUCGCAAUAUGGUUCUUGCUUGGGUUCGUGAUGUUACACAAUACCAAAAUCCUUUGGCCGAUGAACAAAUUAUUUAUUUUUACCAAUGGCUUCGAUCACCUCGUUCAUUAUUCUAUGAUCCUGCUUUAAGACGCACUGUUCAAAAAUUAAUGAAGAAAGUAUUUCUUAAAUUGGUCGAUGAAAUAACUCACUUUCAUGUGGACGUAAUCUAUGCAAAUUUUAGUCGCCUUAUUAUGUCUACUCAUAGAAUAGAAUUACCUGAAGCUUUAGCACGCGUAGAUUACUUUACACAAUUAUUACGUACACGCCAAGGAACUCUGUUCACUCACUUGGACUUGCAGUAUGUAACUAGCUGGCGUCAGUUAAUUUGGAUGGAUUCAGCAAAUUACGCUGGUGUAAAGGCCUCUGUGGAAAAUCUGGUCGAUGGUAAAGAUGUUGAAUGGGGUAAAGUGUUAACCAUUCAACAUCAGUCUCAUCCUCAUACUGAAGAUAAGGAAAAUAAUAUAGAUGAACAACAACCUAAUCUUCCCGAUCCUGAACUUGAUAUGCAUUGGCAUUUAGCACGUUAUUUACCUGAAACACGUGGUUUAAGAAGUAAAUUUCAAAGUCUUCUAGCAGGAUAUCUUUUGGCUAUUUACAAUGCAGUUCGAAAUGAACAUCGACGUUUGAUCGAAUCUAUUAAAUGUUCUUUGAAUGAACCACACGGAUCUCUUGAAUUCGAUGUUGAUGUGAAUAAAGAUCCUAACUGUGUACAUGAAGCUGAAACAACACCAUAUAAGUCAGACGCUACUGUCUCUCCUGGAGUUAGGGAAUAUGAAGAACGUUUAUUUAGAGAUCAAUUGGCCCCAGAGUUAUACAAUCUAAUUAUUCGCCUACAACGUAAAGCUGCUUGGAUUGAUCCAGAGUUAAUGAGGAAAACUGACCCAUCAAUUGAUAAUAAUAGGACCUGUCAAUUAAAUAAUGGCUCAAACAUAUGUAGAAAUAACGACCUUGUCAGUGCUUACCUUGCGGAAAAAUCAGUUGGUUCACACAUAGAGUUCGAUGUUGCCAACAACAACAACAAAAAUUCGAAUCCGAACUUAGUUCUACCCCUUUUACCUGCACAUCAGGCUAUUUAUACUCAAAAUUUCACUCCGCUUCUUGAUUUCAUUAAAUCAUUGUGUGAGGUUUUGAGUUUAGAGCCAUCCGCGAAGUUACACAUUGAAAGUAUUAGACAUGAUUUACUUCGUUUAAUAAAUGUUGGAGAAUUUUCACCUGAGGCCAUUUGGAUUUCCCCUCAUAUGAUAAGGGAUUGUCCGUUGAACCAAGAUCCAAAUAAAUAUACUUUUGAAACAACUGCAAUUCGUUCUCUACUAAUUUAUCUCCCAGAGGUUGCUUGUCCAACGUGUAAUUUUACACGGGACAUAGAUGUUUGUCGUGAUAUACAUGUCGUCUGGAUAAUGGCAUCUAUGGAUUCAAUGCAUGCUGAAACUAGACAAUCAGGUUGUUGGGCUUGGGUAUGUCCGCAUUGUCGUACAGUUUAUCCACGUGAUAAGCUGGAAGAAGCUCUUGUUCAACAGCUUGAACAAUUCUCACUUCAACAUUGUUUACAGGAUCUCCAGUGUCCUAAAUGUACUGUAGGUGGUGGGAUACAGGAGUUGCUGAUUGCAAAUGGUGGGUCAGUUGCUCAAUGUGCUGAUUGUUCUACGAAGUUGACACUAACUGUUCCAACUGGGCAUGCAGUUUAUCGUCGUUUAGAUGUUUAUCGUCAUAUCGGUGUACAUUUCGGUUUUGAAUACUUAGGACAAAUCGCUUAUUGGCUUAUCCAGGGCUUGCAACAAUAGACAGAUUCUUAAUGUUUUUCAUAUGAACCGUUAUAUAAUGCAUUUUAUAACACUAUUUUUGCUAAAAGAAUAUUUUGUAUUGGUUUCCACUUUUAUAUUGAGGAUUACUUUAAAAUUCAAUAUUUUGUCUAUCUUUUUCAAAUAAAAUAAGUACCCUAUUUUUCUUAGUGUUCUUGUCUUUCAACAAAGAAAUUCUUUGUAAACACUGGAAAAUUCUCUUUAAUGUUGUGUCUUUCACUGUGUAUUUGUUGCAUAAGAUAAAUGUGCUUGCGUGAUGCUUGAGGUUUUGAUAUGGAAUGAAUAUUUGAUUGUUGAAAGAAGUAUAAACAUUUCGUUACAUAUUGAAAGUACAUGGGAUGCCAUUAAAAACUAAAUCUAACUUUUGAAAAGUCCACACAUGAUCUCACCAAGGAUCGAACCGAAAACCAUCAGGUUUUACAACGGUCGCCUAACCCUUAGGGUAUUAAUUUGAUACUUAUUAUACCACGUUUUCUGUUUUAAUCAUAUCAAGAUAUAACCUGAUCUUCGGUUGCCACAUAUGAUGACUGUCUCAUUAUGUUAACCAUUGAUUUCAAGUAACGACUUUAAAUAUGCUGCGAAACGCAACCUGAAGUUUGGUCUCAACAUUCCUGUCCAUUGUGUUGGAUCCUCUAGAUAUGCUUCACCACCAAUCAUUACAGAACAAUUCUCAUUGUUAUGUGUCGUUGAUUCCAUAUAAAACUUAUUUAUAAUUAGAUUUUUUAGAUUUUUUAUCUUUAAAACUAUCAUUGGUUUUUGUAGCUAUCACACAAUGUUUUUACAAAUCGCCAACCAGUAAUCGUUAUUUGUUGGAGUAUGUUGAUUAAAAAAAACUUAACCGUCAGAAGUUCUGUAAUUUCGUUGUUCAUAAGUUCGCAACUCGCACAUGUUCAUGAGCAGAAUGAACUAAUCACUUUUUAGUUCGAAGGUAUAAAUCUAUCAUAAGGAUUGUUCGAAGAGAAACUAGAUUGGCCGCAAAACUUGCAUUUACGGUUCACGUAUGCUAUCUUCAAUAACUCAUUGAAUAAAUCCCCUCCUGUCCAGCUUAUUUACUAGAGCUGAAAGGAGCUCUUAAAUAAAAGAAAAACAGACCAUUAGGUGGUAGUUCUUUUUAACAGUAUGAGAUGUUUAAUCUUGUUUGUUUUUCUGUUUAUUUAUUCUGGUUUUAGAUUGUUGCGUGACAUAUAUAUGU